AUGCUGUUCAACUUGGCUAUUGAACCAUUUCUGCUAUCUGUGACCAAAAGUACAACUAUCUCGGGGUAUAGUCUCCAACACGUCAAGCCUAUAAGCAAGAGAACAAAUAGUUGGGUGGCUCCUCCUCCAUUGAAAGUACUCGCAUAUGCGGAUGAUGUCCUGACAUUCGUCAAGUCUCGGGUUGAACUUCUUGAUCUGGAAGAAAGAUUGAGAACUUACAACAAGGCCUCGAACUCCAAGAUCAUGCAACAAACAAUCUCAAAAUCAAAUGGUAUGAUUCUGCGUCUACAGGAUUUAUAA